AUGGUGCUCCAGGCACUGUUUGACCUUCCUACACGCCUUCUAAACGCGUUUAUUUUGCAAGAAGCGACACAGGACGAUAACUUAGACUAUGAAGAUGUUGAUUCCACCCCUGCAAUGCUUAGGGAAUCCCCCGCAACCCCUGAGGAAAUAGACCACCACGACGGCAGUAAAGACAUUGCUGACCAUUGCAAAGUAAAGCGUAAUCUCGCUGCUAAAAACAGACGUAAAAGGAAGCGAGCCGAGGCUAAACGCGCAUAUCACAAUCCACGAGAGCAUCCGCGACACAAACUGGACUCAAGAGCGCAAUACGUGGAUUUCGACGCCAACGAUAUCCCGGUGGUUCAAACUGGAUACAUUGCUUUGGAUCGCGGCCUUGGAAGUCGUCGGGUUUACAGGCUUGCUGAGUUGGUUGGGGAAAGCUCCAAGUUCAAAUUCACAUUGAUUAACAUCAAAUAUAGAGCAUCUAUUCCGAUCUUAGACUCUCAGAAUCAUAUCAUCGGCGUCAUCGCGAACCACCCGAAGGAUGACUCAUGGACCGAGCUUCAAAAACAGGCAGCGGAUGCUCUGGAGAGCAAGCGAUCGAGUUGUCAUGUUCCUGCUAAAGAGCGUACGCACAGACGAGGGAAAUUCACAACGCUGCGAGCCGGUGUAUCGCAUGGAGGGGGCCAACGUGCACCGGGAAAUUUGAAGAAUCACAAAGUCAAUGCAAAAAUACUCGAAGAGCUCAAUAGUCUCGAGCCAUUUAAACGAUUUGCAGGCUUUGCAUCUUCUGUUAUGUAUACGUGGUUCAAUGAUCUGUAUCACUACUACGCAUCGACCCUCGACAAGCUGCAUCUUGCGUACCCGCGUCUUCAUCGCAUCUUUCCUCAGAGUAUCUUCAGCGCCGUAUCCUACAACUUAGGUCCGCGUACAGUGUGCUUUCCCCACAAGGACUUUGCCAAUCUCGCGUUUGGAAUGUGUGCAAUAACGGCUUUAGGGGACUAUGAUUACACAAAAGGGGGUCAUUUGAUACUCUGGGACCUCAAAUUGGUCAUCGAGUUCCCGCCCGGUUGCACCAUCUUAAUCCCUUCGGCAUUGCUAACACAUUCCAAUGUGCCCGUCUCAAAGAACGAACGCCGAUAUUCUUUCGCACAAUACACUGCUGGGGGUAUUUUCAGAUGGGUGGAGAAUGGUUGUCAAUCUAGGGAACAAUACUUAUCGACGCUAUCGCAAACUCAGAUUGAAGAGGACGCGGAGAGGAACGCAAACAGGUGGAAAUUUGGGAUGUCAUUGCUCUCUGACACGCUGAAAUACCAGUGUGUAGAUGAGUAA